AUGACCAUAUCGGCGCCUUCAAUGGAGGUGAUCUACUAUAAGUUAGCCUGCCAGGCGCUCAUCAAAGAUGGAGCUGCUUCAGAAGAACUGCAGUGUGAUUCAGUCCAUACCCAGGAAAUCGUAUCCACCUACCUCAUGUGGAGCCUGGUAAUCAGCUCGAUCGUCUCUUUGGCUACAGGUGCUUACAUAAGUACCCUUUCCGAUUCGUUCGGAAGAAAACCGUUCCUUGCAUUUUUCGUCAUUAUGCUGUGCAUCAGCUCGUACGCCAAUUACUUCCUCAUCACAACCACUGACGGGUUCCCCAUGCUCUUCAUGUGGCUUGUGACCGCCAUAACGUCUUGUUCUGGUGGUGUGGUGGCUUUGCUGGCACUUUUCAGAGCAUACAUCACCGAUGUUACUCGUCCUACUAACCGAGUGAUCGGAAUGAGUUGCACGCUUGUUGCAUUAUCCUUGGGCCAAAUCGUCGGGCCUCUGUUAUCGUCUUAUGCAUUGUCCAGAGCCAACGAAAACGGCAGCUCAGCUGACACAAACUCAGAUUCGACAAACAUCAUCCCCUCUCGAGAACUUAUACCUCUCAAACUUGCCUUGGUGGUGCUUACGUUGGCUCUGGUCUUCUCCAUUUUCUUUUUACCAGAGCUGAGAUCUCGCAAGUCGAUGAUGAAGUCAAGGUCCAUGACCGAUGCUCUACAAAUCAACAGAGCCAAGACCUCUCCGCAUGCUCACAUUUCCCCUGAACUCAAAACAGUGGACAAUGCCGAUAGAUUUUCUCAAAUACGAAAAUGUAUCAUCUGUCUAUCGAUAGGGGAGAUUUUGAUGUCCGUGUUCAUGAUGCUGACAAUCCUCAUUGAACUACAAUAUUGCAUUUUCAAGUACAAGUGGGAUUCCAUCACCAUUUCUAACUACCAGGUGGCUAAAUCUGUGGUGAAUAUUGCAGGUGUGGGAGCGUUGUUGCCAUUUCUUUACAAGUUUGCCCUUCCCAAGAUCAAGCGUCUUACGCCAAAGGCCGAUACCUUUGAUUCAUUGGACUUUCUGUUGAUGUAUGCGUGCUUGAUCACCAUGUUUUUUGCCCAGAUUGGCGUUGCAUUCUCCUCCAGCGGCACCUCAUUUGUGGUGUUCUCGAUCAUCAACACCUUGGGCGCCAUUUCUGGCCCAGUUGCAGCAUCCGUUCCUUCCAAAUUCUUUCCUUCUGCCAAAGUAGGUGAAUUCUACGGUGCAGUUUCAUUGGCCCUGGGAAUAUUCAACCUUCUUACACCUAUGGUCGGAACAGCGUUAUACAAGAGCGGCAUUAGGCAUGGGUUCCCAGGAAUGCCAUUUGUUUUCGCUGCUUUACUUGCAUUCAUGGCUUCAAAAUGCUCCCUAAUAGCUAGGUGGGCUGUCAGAGACUAUCAGGGCAAAGUCACAUUGGUUUGA